AUGUCUUCUUCGGAAGCUACUACGCGCAGGCGUGUGAAGCUUUAUAUGCUAAAUGAGGAGCGACAGUGGGAUGAUAAAGGAACUGGACAUGUGUCCGCUCUCUACAACGAUGCGAGUUGCAUCUGUCUUGUCGUUAUUUCGGAAAAUGACGGAUCUCCUCUUCUGGAAUCAAAGAUUCAGCCAGAGACCGCGUAUCAAAAGCAGCAGGAGACACUUAUAGUUUGGUCUGAAGGAGAAAAUGUAGAUCUUGCUCUUUCUUUCCAAGAAAAGGCUGGGUGUGAUGAUAUAUGGGAAAAAAUUUGUUCCGUGCAGGGUAAAGACCCUUCGGUUGAAAUUACGCAAGACGUCGUGGACGAAUCUGACGACACUGAUGAUGUCGAGGCCUACUCAUUAGUCACUAAUCAAGCUCUUCAAACGUUUGAACUUCCCCCUUGUGAACUUUCACGGCUAGAAGAGAUCGCUGAGGUAUUUAGUACGCAUUUGAACCUCAUUCAAAAGCGUGAGCGCAUUGUUGCAGCGGUUGAUCGUAGUAAUUAUGUCAGACAGUUGCUUGAUCUUUUUCACAAAGCUGAGGACCUGGAAGACCUGAAUUCAUUGCAUUUUUUGUACGAUAUCUUCAGACAGCUUAUCCUAUUCAACAAACAGGUUCUUUAUGAGACUCUUUUUUCUGACGACGUUAUAUUGGACGUCAUUGGUAUUUUGGAGUACAAUCCGGGAGGCCGAACACGACAUCGUGAUUUCUUGAGAAAUCAGGCAAAUUUCAGAGAGGCGUUGCCACUUCACAACUCGAAGCUAAUAAAUAAAAUUCACCAAACCUACCGAGUACAGUAUAUUCAGGAUUGUUGUUUGCCACCUCCAAGCCUCGUCGAUGAACAGUCCAUGUCUGAUUUAAAGUCGUUCAUUUCGUCAAAUAAGAUGGAGAUUCUGAGUGCUUUGCAAGAAGACCGUGAGAUCAUGCUAAGGCUGUUCACAUGUCUUAAGUCUCCCGAAACUUCUGACUCACACCGACGCGAGUUGGCUCUCUUCGUGAAGGAGUUUUGCAAUCUCUCUGUACAGACUGAUCAGAAGGAGGCAUUUCUGGCCACCUUGUCCGCUCAUGGCGCUCUUUCCACGGUAGAGGUACUUCUUUCCAACAACGAUCAUGACGUCAAAUCAGCUGCUCUGGUGAUUCUUCAGGCCUUUGUUGAAAAUCAGCCGUCAAUAGUACGUGAGCACGUGUGUAAGGAGGGUGCCAGGCAACAUCGUGACGAGAACAUUUUGAUAAAUUUGAUGAUUACGCAGCUCUUAGAAGACUUCGAUCCAGAACUUGGUGAUGCCUACCAACUUGGAUACAUGCUGCGUAUUCUGGUUGAUCCCGAUAAUAUGACUAAUGCAUCUGCGCGAAGUGAGAAGUCAGAGUUUUUGAGCUUCUUCUACAAACGUUGCAUAGGCACGUUGACAAAACCCUUAUUCGACAACACCGCUCAUGGUGCGAUUGGUUGUGACAACUACCAUUCUGCACUUGUAUUAAGUAACGUCUUGGACUUGCUGAUUUUUUGCAUCGAGACCCAUACCCACCAUAUGAAAAACUAUUGCCUUCAUCGAGAUCUUGUAAAGCGUGUAUUGGUUUUGCUGCGUUCAACACACAAGUUUCUGGUCCUAAGUGCUCUAAGGUUGUUGCGGAAGAUGAUUCAGUUGAAGGAAGAAUUCUACAAUCGAUACCUUAUCAAAAACUGUUUGUUCAAGCCGGUGGUAGAACUGUUUACCGCCAAUGGACAUCGAUAUAACAUGAUCGACUCAGCCAUCGUUGAAUUGUUUGAGUACAUUCACAUGGAGGAUAUCACGUCGCUUAUUAAUUAUGCUGUGAAUGAGCACUGGGAUGUUCUAAAUAAAAUCACCUAUGUGAACACGUUCAAACGACUUAAAGAACGUUACGAUGCUAAUAAUAAACCAGGUCGAACGGAUUCAUCUAGUAUCUUCGGUCAGACGGUUCCAACAGGCAUACCGUCUUUGAGGGCCACGGUUAAUUCACGAUUUGUCCGCGGACCAGCAGUUUUUGAUGAUGAAGAGCAGUGGUUUAAUCAGGACGACGAAGACGAAGAUGAAACCGAAAUAUCAACUCAAACUCAGCCUCAUGGACAAUCCUCAAUGACCCUGGAGAGCAUACCGUCUCGUUUUUUUACCACAUCCAGCAGCCCCCCUGCGCCAUCUUCUCCCAGUGGUUCACCCAAGGCGCUCCACCACUCGCCCGUGCAAAGCACCACUGCGGCAACGACAACCCCCCCCUUCACCCUUUUGAUACCGUCCUCGUCGUCCACCUCUGACUCCUCCCCGGGGCCCCUCAUAAAUCGUCGCAUUGGACACACUUCGUACCCUGCGAUCUCUAUUCACAUCAGGUCCACUCAUCUGGGUGUCCUCAGCAACACGGAAAACGAAAAUGACGCUAACGUUUCAUCGCCGUCGCGAAGUGCACUCAAACGACUCUUCGGACGCGGUGAGGAUGACGAUGCAGCUGCCUCUUCGGGUGAUGGUAGCAGUGGUGGAGACGAAAGCGGUGAUGGCGACGAAGAAGCCCUAUCUGUCAAACAUUCCAAGAGGCCAUUGGUUGAGGAACAUGGGGAUAGCAAUAAUAACAACAGUAGUUCUGCUGAUGCUUCAGGAACUAUCCCCGAGAAAACUAGGAAGGAGGGUGAAAUCGUUGAUGAGUCCGCUGAUAUCGCCAAGAGCCCUAUGGUCGGUCUUGUCGACUACUCUGACGAGGAGAGUGAUGAGGAGGAGUCUAAUCUAGGCUCGACGGGUGCAAAGUCACCGCCUGCUACUUCGAGUGCCACCGAGGAGCCAAAAGUGGCUAAAUCUACUGGAUCGUCGUCGUCCUAA